CUUGCUAACGUAUCGACCUUGUAUUUGAAAUGGUCUAGUUGUUAAUUUUUCUUUUUGUCCUAUUUCCUCCUCGUUUCUGACCACUCUUGAUAUUUUGUAUGUUACUGAUUGUAAUAUUGCAAAUCCUGUUAUAUAUGGCAGUUGGUAUACUGAUCAUAAGGUUAUCUAGUGAGAGUCUUACAUGAUUUCCACACAUGGUUUUCUCUUAUCAGUAUACAUGGCAUCAUACAGGAACACCUUCCAUAUACCUACUAAACUCUCUGUAAGUAUAUACCUGGGAUAUAGUGCAUAAUUAUGUAUAUAGCAACUUUGUUCCUGUUGCUUGUUGUGUGUAAGUUGGAAUUUGGCAUCAGCGAAGAUGUGGGUGGAUCUGAUCAAACAGCAACACUCGCGGACAUCAAGGAACUUCAGAUGGAGAUAUCUGCUAUUCUUCGGGAGCACCAACAGAAGACAGAUAUGUUAAUGGACGUUGUAACGGAACAGGAACGCGAAAUACAGGCUCUGAAGUCCGACAUUGCCAGAUUAUCGUCUGAAGAGCGUGGAAGGAAAAGUGAGGAAAACAAUAUCGAAGUACUAGAUCGCAAGCGAGUAGCAGAGGUACCAAAUACAGGCAUUGCAUUUUAUGCCCAGCUGUCCGCUGACCAGUCACAUUUCGGAACUCACCAGACCGUCAUAUUUGACCGAGUACGGACCAACAUUGGCAAUGCCUACAACCACGAUGAUGGAGUAUUCACGGCACCAUGUCCUGGAGUUUACGUUUUCUUCUGGACGACCGCAAAUCGAGACAAUUCUCACAUGCAGACGGAGCUAGUUGUCAACGGGGGACAGUAUGGGAGAGUGUGGGCAGAUUCUGGAGACCAUGCUGACUACAGCAUGGCAUCUAACACUGUAGUGGUGUCCCUCGAUACUGGAAACACCGUGUGGAUCCGAUCUGAUACCAUUUCAUUCUGGUUUCACAAAUGGACAGAAUUUCGCUACUUUCUCUGGUUGGUUGUUGCAAUAUACUUGAAAUAAGCUAUAUUGAUGAAAUUGCAUAUAUAUGCGCGAAGUAAACUCCAGCCUCUGUCGA